CCUUUUGUGGGCAAUUUUUUUUCUAAUCAUUCAGUUCACUUAAUACCUUUUGCUGAUCUCGCGCGUUGAAAGGAGGCAUGGCCUCGUCUGUUCGUUCUAUGUUCGGAAAAGUGGGGCCUAAAUGCAUUCACAAGAAUAAUAGUACGAUUGGUAGGAUGGUUAUGGGCAUGGCUGGGGGGAAGGUAGCUGCCAGGGACACCAACAAAAACCAGGACUGGUUUCUAAAGUUUCGUAGUGGUUAUUUCUUUCGUCAUCCCUUUGAGUAUAGAGGCCGUGACAGCAAUGAAGAUUUCGACCUUAACAAAGAGAGACUUGAUAAGUAUUUGGAUUUGGGAGGACUCGAGCCUGCCCGAUUUGCCAUGGAAGAGUUCAACAAGCGAAAGAAUGCCCAACAGCAGUUUCUUCGAACUGUGAAGGUACAAAGACAGCCAUUGCAUUCAAGUUACCUUUAUCUUUUAACAUUGGAGGCAGUUGAGGCUGGUAUUGUUAUAGUGUACCAGGCAAACGUUUCGGUAAAUUUCAGUGACGGCAUGUUUUUGGAGUGGUUUUGCCUUGCUGUCGAUGAUGGGUGUCCUUUAACACUAUAUGACCACCUGGAGAACUUUUUUGUUUACAAGGGCGAUAAAAUCAGGGCAGAAGAUCUCUGUUCUAUAUGUAACAAGCAGGGAGUUGAUUCCUGUAGUUCUCGUACAAUGGUACCCUGUCUCGUCAAACCAAUUUAUGGAUCUGAAGGUGCUCGAAUGAUGCAUAAACGUGGCUAUUCGGCCGUGAAACAGUUCAACAUGUAUAAGAAUGCCCAACUGGAGUUUGUGAGGGUGUUGAGGGCAAGCAUGCAUCAUAAGUGUUUUCCUUUUUAUUAUCUGACAUUGGAGGCAGUUGAUGCUGGUGUCCUGAAAGUUUAUCAAGCAGAAGUUUUUGGGCAAGCACGUGUAAUUAUUGGGAGAGGAUUGCAGAUUGUUGGGGUAAAGAUCAAUAUGUUCGGUUGUGUGGAUGAUAAUGGGAGUUUGUUGAUACUAAUUGAUAACAGGAACGGAGAAGGGAGAAAAGGAACUUAUUGUGGAGAUGACGAUGAAGGAUGUUUGUUAGAACCGCUUGACGGUAAUGAUACAGAAUGGAGAAAAACUUCUUUUAAUGGAUUUAAUGAUAAGGGGCAUUGGUUAGAAGAGACUGAUGAGAGGAAUGAAUGGAGUAUUGAAACUCAUACUAGAGGUUACUGUCGUUACAAGUUUAGAGCUGAAGAUAUUAUUCCAUUCAAAGAAAGUUCGGAGACAUGCAAUUGCCUUACACCGGGAAAGAUAUGCGCUUGCUAAGCACCUUGCACACUUAAAUUUGGUACUUUUAUUACGCUUGUUAUUAUUCUUGCAAGAAUGGAUUUCGUAGGUACUAUGUUAAGAAUAGGAUUUGGUAAGUAGAGAAGGAUGUAAUG